GGGCGGGGGGCCGGCUCCGGCUCCGGCUCCGGCUCCGGCUCCGGCUCCGCUUUAUCCCUGCCUGUUCUCCAGGAUGAGCCCGGAGUAUUUCCUGCGCUCCUUGCUGCUCAUCAUCCUCGCCACCUUCUCGGCCAACGCCAGCAACUGGCUGUACCUAGCAAAGCUGUCUUCGGUGGGGAGCAUCUCCGAGGAGGAGACCUGCGAGAAGCUGAAGGGCUUGAUCCAGCGCCAGGUGCAGAUGUGCAAGAGGAACCUGGAGGUGAUGGACUCGGUGCGGCGCGGAGCCCAGCUGGCCAUCGAGGAGUGCCAGUACCAGUUCCGCAACCGCCGCUGGAACUGCUCCACGCUGGACACCCUGCCCGUCUUCGGGAAGGUGGUAACGCAAGGGACGCGGGAGGCAGCAUUCGUCUAUGCCAUCUCUUCGGCAGGGGUGGCCUUCGCAGUGACCCGAGCCUGCAGCAGCGGCGAGCUGGACAAGUGUGGAUGCGACCGCACGGUGCAGGGGGGCAGCCCACAGGGCUUCCAGUGGUCGGGCUGCUCCGAUAACAUCGCCUACGGCGUGGCCUUCUCGCAGUCCUUUGUCGACGUCCGCGAGAGGAGCAAAGGGGCCUCUUCCAACAGAGCGUUAAUGAACCUCCACAACAACGAGGCAGGGAGGAAGGCGAUCCUGAACAACAUGCGGGUGGAGUGCAAGUGUCAUGGCGUGUCAGGCUCGUGCGAGUUCAAGACGUGCUGGAAAGCCAUGCCCCCCUUCCGCAAAGUGGGCAACGUCCUGAAGGAGAAGUUCGACGGUGCCACAGAGGUCGAGCAGAGCGAGAUCGGAUCCACCAAAGUGCUGGUGCCCAAAAACUCCCAGUUCAAGCCGCACACAGACGAGGACCUCGUCUACCUGGACUCCAGUCCCGACUUCUGUGACCACGACCUCAAGAACGGGGUGCUGGGCACCAGCGGCCGGCAGUGCAACAAGACCUCCAAGGCUAUCGAUGGCUGCGAGCUGAUGUGCUGCGGCCGGGGCUUUCAUACGGACGAAGUGGAGGUUGUGGAAAGGUGCAGCUGCAAAUUCCACUGGUGCUGCUCCGUCAAGUGCAAACCCUGCCAUCGGGUGGUGGAAAUCCAUACGUGCCGGUGAUGCACGGAGGGGAACGCCCAUCCGUCCCCCUCUCUAACUGACCCUGCUUCUCCCUUGCCCCACGGCCAGGACUGAGGAAGUAACCCAGAUGCUGCAGGGAGAGCGCAGCUCUUUACAGAGACAGAGCCCCAGAGGAAAACAGAUUUUAAAGAAAAAAAAAUAUUUAAAGUUUCAAA